AGCUUUCAAAGCCUUGUGUCACGUCUAAACACACCAAUCUCAGAGCAGCUUAGAACUGACUCCAUCAAAGUUGCUUACCUAGACAUCAAGCUUCAAUACCUGCAUAACACAGGAAGCUCUACUCUCAACCACGCUGCCACGCCAAGCUCGUUUCUAGUUCGAGUCCCCCCCGACUUGACUUCGACAACACAAAUUCCUUCCAACUUCUAACUUCUAACCUCCAACCUCCGCAAUCUCACCAUGUCGCUCGAUCCUCCUCCUUACCUCGGUUCGCUCCAGAACAACAUCCGCCAGCGACCAAUUCCUUGGGAUGGCGCAGCUAGGGCCGGCACCAUCACAGAAGCUCAAUUGGCCAAGAUAAGGGCUGUUGACAAAGUAAAGAGGGAACAGAGAAAACAAGUAGUCGAGGGUGACUUAGAUGGUUAUCGGAUACUGUUUAUUGGAGAGCCGGGCACGCCUGGUGUCUUAGAGUCGGCAAGCAAACACUCCAAUAUUGUUCAGUAUAUCUUGGUCUUACUUAGCGACCUGCUUGAAGGCGUCCCGUCUCUAGCGAAAGCGCUUUUCAAGGACUCGAACCCGUACCAACAUUUCUUACCUCUGCUUGCGCGGUCGAACAAUUCUGAGGAUCCUAUCCCUCUACUUACCUCUACUGUCUUGACUAUACUUAUGUCUAAUUCGAGAGAUGAAUCUGCGGCGACAGAAAAUGCUCUUCCUCUUCUACUAACGUACCUCUGCGGCCUAGUGAAGAAUUCCAACGACGCGGGGUUGCAAGAUAUCGCGGUCAUGGAGUACUCGUCGCUUCUAUAUGGGCGAUCAUCUCGACAGCUUUUCUGGAAGCAAAGAAGCGAGACCGUUGCACCCUUAAUCGAGAUUCUCCGAAAAGCAGCCGGUGUCGGUGGCGAGUCUUCGGCCAGUCUUUGGAGUGGAAACACAACGACGAGAAGCGGAGGCUUCGAGGGUAUCAGCGGCGGGGUUGGGUUGCAGCUCUUAUACCAUGUAUUACUCGUACUAUGGCAACUGAGCUUCGAAGCAGAAGAUGUUGGCGAUGACCUGAACGAUGAAUACGAUAUCAUUUUAUUAUAUACUCAACUACUGCGCCUUUCGCCAAAAGAGAAGACGACGCGGCUCCUCCUGUCAACGUUGCAUAACCUUCUCGAAGCCAAUCCAUCUACGCUACUUCCUACGGCUGUCCUAGCCAGACUUCCUGGUUUACUUCAAAAUGUUGGUGGUCGCCAUUUGACGGACCCUGAUCUGCUAGAGGACCUGGAAAGGCUCAAGGAGAUGCUUGAAGAAUAUCAGAAGACUAAGACUACCUUCGAUGAAUACGUCGCCGAGGUCCAAUCUGGACACCUAAGAUGGUCGCCACCUCACCGUCACGAAGUCUUCUGGGUUGAGAAUUCGAGAAAGAUUCUUGAGUUUGAGAAUGGCGAGAUUCCACGAAAGCUAGCGGAUAUCAUGAAGAAGCCUUGGGAGAACGACAAGGCGGUGCUUGCGAUUGCUUGCAACGAUAUUGGAAACCUAGUGAAGGAGGUCCCGGAGAAGAGAUACCAACUGGAGAAGUUGGGUUUGAAGGCUCGAAUCAUGGAACUCAUGCAAGACUCUGACGAAGCUGUACGAUGGGAGAGCUUGCGAGCUCUUGGUGGCUGGCUCAAGUACAGCUUUGAGAACUAAUAGCCCGAUGUUCGGGUGUGUGAAUAUGACUAUACCUUUUACUGUAUUCUUUCAACUGUUAUUGGCGUCUCACUACCUAGUACUGGCGUGGGUGCAAGGACGAUAGCAUCUUCUAUCGGAUAGGAUAGAUACGACGGCUGACUCGAGCUAGUUUAGUCAAUCGACAUCGAAUCCGAUAACUAAGUUGAUAAUGAGUAUAAAUUGCUACAUCCUCUUAGUCACCAACCUCACUGACUCACUCGGCUUCAGUCGUUGAGGUCGAUGAGAUCGUAUCAUCUACGAGAGUCUCGGCUACAACUUCUAGAAAAGGGAAAUUACCUGUGUAUCAAUACGAAAUACAUGUGUAGAGCUUCUUUUGCUUAAUUUGCGCUAUCACGUAAUUACCCCAGCUUUACCCCAAUUAGCUAGCCAGUAACCGCCUAUCCGGUACUCGGGGUUUUCGGUUUGCGGCGGUACCUUGCCACAGGCCCUCGGUUGCACGGUGAAGCAGCUACUACCCCUCC